CUUGGACUUGAACAAGUCCAGCAACAAUGCCGUGCACGACUAUCACUGAGCUGCCCCUAUUCGCGACGCCCGAGGAGCACCAGGCUCUGACUGGGAGCACGCCUGCCUCCUUCUCUGAGAUUCGGCCUGUCUUGAGACAUAAGGAAGAGAAUGUGUCUAUAACUCUCGAUCCCCCACUGGAAGGCUUCUCGACGGAGGACGGUGCGAGGGGAACGUUGUUUGUCAUCGAGAAUGCCUUGUUCUUCAUGUCAGCGUCCGGACGCGGUCUUCAGAUCGACUACCCAACCAUCACCUUGCACGCCAUUUCCAGGGCAGAGUCCGGUCCUUGCGUAUACUGCCAGCUCGACGACUCAGUUGGAGCUCCUGCAGCAAAUGGUGCACCCCAAGAGAGUGAUGAAUACACCGCUCUGCGCGAGCUCAGCAUCGUGCCACAGUCAGCCGCAUCUCUCGAGCCCAUCUUUGAAGCACUCUCACUCUGCGCAUCCUUACACCCCGACCCCAACGACGACGAGGACGACGCGUUUGAUGACGCGCUGAUUGACGGCCAAGAGGGCCAAUUCGAGACCUUCACCGGCGGGGAGGACGAGGAACUCAGUGAAGUCGGGCGGGCUGCGCUCGCUCACUUGGAGUCCAUCAUCGUGUAUCCGGAGGGUCACAAACCUGCUGUGAACGGAACUGAUACCGGAGGGUCAGAGAAGAGCCCUGGAGCGGAUGAUUAGAGCUGAGUCUGGAGUUGAUUUUGAGAUGUUGUCUGCCUUCGCUUGCUGCAGUGUACUUCGUCGAUGCUGGUUUUCGUAUCAUCCGGGUCAAACUCUGCAUGUUGACCCCUUGGAGCUUUGCGCAAAGGUACCCUGUGAAACUGUCUCUUAUACCAGCGUUAUCUAUGGGCGAAGAUACAGGAAG